AUGAUCUUUAUCCGUUGCCACCUUGAUGAAGGACUGAAUAGCGAGUACCUCACGAUUAAAGAUCCAUUAAUUCUCUGGAAGGCACUGAAAAAUAGAUACAAUCACCAGAAAAUGGUUAUUCUUCUAAGGGCUCAUUAUGAGUGGACUCACCUAAGGAUCCAGGAUUUCAAGACAAUUGCUGAGUACAAUUCUGCAAUGUUCAGAAUUAGCUCCCAGUUGAAGCUCUGUGGAGAAGCAAUCAUUGAAAAAGAUAUGCUAGUAAAAAUUUUCAGCACCUUUUAUGCCUCCAACGUGCUUCUGCAGCAACAGUAUAGAGAAAGAGCCUUUAUUGAGUACAACCAGCCGAUAUCUGUACUCCUUUUAGUUGAACAAAAUAAUGAGCUUUUAAUGAAGAAUCAUCAGUCCCGACCUACUGGAUCAGCACCAUUACCAGAAAUGAAUGAUGUUUGCCUUGAUGGGAAUACCACAUCCUCUCGUGGCAAUAAUUACAAACGAGGACGUGGCCACAAGCGAGGCUGCUGGAACGGGAAAGGCAAGAACGAUAGUGUCUAG